AUGGCCCAACGCCUUUGGAGCAGUCUUCUUUUCACCAUCCUCUCCAUCCGCUCCAGUUUUCUUUUCACCAUCCUCUUCAUCCGCUCAGUUCCCCUUAUCUGCUCCAUCGAGGCCAGCGCCACCACCAUCACAGCAGCCAGCCACAACCCCCUGACCGAAAACCCCCGUGGCAGUGUGAGACUCCUCACCGUCGCCCAACGUACGAAGCUCUACGACGAGGGCCAAGCAAAUGCCCGGCGCCACGACAAGCUUCGGAAAAGGUCGGAGCGCGAGGAAAAAUAA